AUGGGUCGCGAAGAUCAAAUUGAGGAGCGCGAGGUCCUCGACUCGAUUUUCCCCGAUGAGAUUACGGACAUAUCCGAAACCUCAUACAAGAUCUCGAUAACUCUCGAUCCCCCGGAGAAUGGCCCUGAGCCAACAGAGCAGCCUGUGAUCUUCCUUGAAGUCGCAUACCCAGAAGAGUACCCAGAUGUCGCCCCGGAGCUCAAAAUCACACCCGCACCCAAUGCGCCGAAGCACCCUCUUAUCGAAUUUCCACGAGACGACGACGUCCUCAUUAAUGCUCUGGACAAUGCAAUCGAAGAGAACUUGGGAAUGGCAAUGGUCUUCUCGCUUGUCAGCGCGCUGAAGGAAGCUGCAGAGCUUCUGAUGGCUGAGCGCGUACAGGCAGUCGAGAAUGAGAAGGCACGAGUGGCCCAGAAAGCAGAAGAUGAAGAGAACAGCAAAUUCCGGGGCACAGCAGUCAACCGAGAGACAUUCGAGGCCUGGCUUUCCGCGUUCAAGAAGGAGGCGGAGGAAGAGGAGCAACGGCAGCGGGAGGAGAAGGAGGCCGAAGACAAGAAGAGGAAGACCACCAAGGAAGAGAAGAAGCUCACGGGGCGAGAGCUAUGGGAGCGUGGUCUCGCUGGCAAGGCAGAUUAUGAUGAAGAUGAUGAGGAUGCCAUGCCUGCCGUCGAGAAGCUCAAGGUUACUGCAUGA